UGCUCCCGCCCCGCCCGGGUCUCCACCCGCAGCCGCCUGAACCCGCCGGGCUGUGAAUGAAAAGCAGGCGCGGCCCGGGACUAGCUGCCAGCGACGCGGCGACGCCGGCCUCCCGGAGGCGCGCUCCCCGCGGAGAUGUACGGUGUGUGCGGCUGCUGCGGCGCUCUUCGUCCCAGAUACAAGAGGCUGGUGGACAAUAUCUUCCCCGAAGAUCCUGAGGAUGGUCUGGUGAAGACCAACAUGGAGAAACUGACCUUCUACGCCCUCUCAGCUCCGGAAAAGCUGGAUCGCAUUGGUGCCUACCUCUCCGAGAGGCUCAUCCGAGACGUGGGGCGCCACCGCUAUGGGUACGUGUGCAUCGCCAUGGAGGCGCUGGACCAGCUGCUCAUGGCCUGUCACUGCCAGAGCAUCAACCUCUUCGUGGAGAGCUUCCUGAAAAUGGUGGCCAAGCUGCUCGAGUCGGAGAAGCCCAACCUGCAGAUCCUCGGCACCAACUCGUUUGUGAAGUUCGCCAACAUUGAAGAGGACACCCCCUCUUAUCACCGGAGCUACGACUUCUUUGUAUCCCGGUUUAGUGAGAUGUGCCACUCCAGCCACGAUGACUUGGAAAUCAAGACUAAAAUCCGAAUGUCUGGCAUCAAAGGCCUGCAAGGGGUGGUGAGGAAGACAGUGAACGAUGAGCUGCAGGCCAACAUCUGGGACCCACAGCACAUGGACAAGAUCGUCCCGUCUCUGCUCUUCAAUCUGCAGCACGUGGAGGAGGCGGAGAGCCGGUCUCCCUCGCCCCUCCAAGCACCAGAGAAGGAAAAGGAGAACCCAGCCGAGCUGGCCGAGAGGUGCCUGCGGGAGCUGCUGGGCCGGGCAGCUUUCGGCAAUAUCAAAAACGCCAUCAAGCCCGUUCUCAUCCACCUGGAUAACCAUUCUCUUUGGGAACCCAAGGUGUUCGCCACCCGUUGCUUUAAAAUCAUCAUGUACUCAAUUCAGCCGCAGCACUCCCACCUGGUUAUCCAGCAGCUCCUGAGCCACCUGGACGCCAACAGCCGCAGCGCGGCGACUGUGCGCGCAGGCAUCGUGGAGGUCUUAUCGGAAGCUGCGGUUAUCGCCGCCACCGGCUCUGUCGGGCCCACGGUGCUGGAGAUGUUCAACACCCUGCUGCGGCAGCUGCGGCUCAGCAUCGACUACGCGCUAACCGGGAGCUACGACGGCGCUGUGAGCCUGGGCACCAAGAUCAUCAAGGAGCAUGAGGAGCGCAUGUUCCAGGAGGCGGUCAUCAAGACCAUAGGCUCUUUUGCCAGCACUCUGCCCACUUACCAGCGCUCGGAGGUGAUCCUCUUCAUCAUGAGCAAAGUCCCGAUACCCUCCCUGCACCACCCGGUGGAGACCGGAAGGACAGGGGAGAAUAGGAACCGACUGACCCAGAUCAUGCUGUUGAAGUCUCUUCUUCAGGUAUCCACAGGAUUCCAGUGCAACAACAUGAUGUCAGCCCUGCCCAGCAACUUCCUUGACCGUCUUCUCUCCACUGCCCUCAUGGAAGAUGCGGAAAUCCGCCUCUUCGUUCUGGAGAUUCUCAUCAGUUUCAUUGAUCGCCAUGGCAACCGCCACAAAUUCUCUACCAUCAGCACCCUUGGUGACAUCUCGGUCCUGAAGUUGAAAGUGGACAAGUGCUCCCGGCAGGACACUGUCUUCAUGAAGAAGCACUCCCAGCAGCUGUACAGGCACAUCUACCUGAGCUGUAAGGAGGAGACCAACAUCCAGAAGCACUACGAGGCACUCUACGGCCUGCUGGCGCUCAUCAGCAUUGAGCUGGCCAAUGAGGAGGUGAUGGUGGACCUCAUCCGACUGGUGCUGGCUGUUCAGGACGUGGCCCAAGUCAAUGAAGAGAAUCUGCCUGCCUACAACCGCUGUGCGCUCUACGCCCUGGGUGCGGCCUACCUGAACCUCAUCAGCCAACUCACGACGGUGCCUGCCUUCUGCCAGCACAUCCAUGAGGUCAUAGAGACCAGGAAGAAAGAAGCACCAUACAUGCUUCCCGAAGACGUGUUUGUGGAGCGGCCCAGGCUGUCUCAGAAUCUGGAUGGCGUGGUGAUAGAGUUUCUCUUCCGCCAGAGUAAAAUCAGUGAAGUCCUGGCAGGCAGCGGCUACAAUUCGGACAGGCUCUGCCUGCCCUACAGCCCUCAGCUGACAGAUGAAGAUCGCUUGUCCAAGAGGAAGAGCAUUGGAGAGACCAUUUCCCUUCAGGUAGAGGUGGAAUCGCGGAACAGCCCAGAGAAAGAGGAGCGAGUGCCUGCAGAGGAGAUCACCUACGAGACGCUGAAGAAGGCCAUUGUGGACAGCGUGGCAGUUGAGGAACAGGAGCGUGAGCGGCGGAGACAGGUGGUAGAGAAAUUCCAGAAGGCACCCUUUGAGGAGAUUGCAGCCCACUGUGGGGCCCGGGCAUCACUGCUGCAGAGCAAACUCAACCAGAUCUUUGAAAUCACCAUCCGGCCCCCUCCAAGCCCUUCUGGGACCAUCACGGCAGCCUACGGGCAGCCGCAGAACCACUCCAUCCCUGUCUAUGAGAUGAAGUUUCCCGAUCUGUGCGUGUACUGAAUUCCAAGAGACGAAACUUCCCGGUGGACACCGUGGGGCCACCGGCCUCCUGCCCACUCUCACCACGCGGAAGUCUAGCUGGGAGAGCUGAGAAACAGUCACCUCGGACAGUGGCUCUUCCCGACUUGAGCAAAGAUGGAACCCUCUGGUCCUCUGUGACCCUCUUGCCUUCUCCUCGUCUUCCAUGAGGAAGAUCCAGCCACCUGCCCUCUGGGGUAAUCAUCUGUCUUCCCUUUUGUAUCAGCCAGGGACAGAGAAUCACCAGGGUGUCUCCACUGAGAAGCAGAGGGGCCUGGGAGGCUUCCACUGGGAAUGUAUCUAUGAGGGAGUGUCACCCUACCCACCAUGGGAAGGAGCCUGAUGAAGAUGUCAUUGGUCUAAGGAAGCCAUAGAUGGUACUCGGGGAAACUGAGGAAAGCCCUCCUCAUCGAGAAGUGACAGCUGGAAGGUGAUGUCUGCUCUCACCUCUUAGUCCCGGGUGUCUUGUCUAGCCUCUUCGUUACCCUCCAGUUGUCCGUGUUUCUUUCUUUCUUUUUUCUGUUUCUUUUUCCACCAUUACUGAGUACUGAGUGCUUACAGCAGGAGCUUGGGGAGAGACACUGGCAGGGCUGGCAGGAGAGCAACAGACUGGGCACAGAGAGGGACUGCUUCUCCCGGGAUAGGUGGCAGAUCAGGGAAGCACAGUGUGGCAAGUCUGCGACCCUGCCGCGGUGCACCUUCCCGGCUCCUCUGUCCAGAGGAAGCUUGCGGCAGAUCGUCUCCUGUCCUCCCUCUUCUGGAUGUUUCCUGGGUUGUCAAGUCUGGUCCCUGAUGUCUUUCUUCCAGACAUCCCUGUGUUCCCACAGCCUCUGGGUUGAGAGAAAGCUAGCUGGCCCUGGAUGGCUGAAAAUGGGGGGACACAUGUGGGGCCCCAAGGCUCGUCCACACCGCUUCCCAUGGAAGACGCUCCCAGCAGAACUGGGUGUGCUUGCUUGUUGGGGAGAGGCUGGGAGUCGUCGGAGGAAGGAGCAGUUGAGCAAGUAGCAUUGGGAUUCAAGGAAAGAGAUUUAAUAGCUAGGGUUGGGAUGAUAUUUUCCCUCUCUGGGCGAAGUCUGAGACAUUUGGGAUAACCGGCCUUGUUUGUGGCCUGGGUAGAGGUGGUAGCAAUCCUUUUGGCUUCCAUUUUCCCUAUGUGUCACCUACCUGUGCCUGUGUGACUCGUGUGCUGGGAGGAGCUGACCCUGGACUGGGCGGGAGCAAAAAGGGCCGCUUGAUCUUUCCUGCUGCCCCUCUGGGCGCCUUCUUGCCUCCCAGGAUGCCUCUGGCAGCAUCCCAGGCCUCUUCCAGUGGCAGCACCCCAUGGUCCAGGUCAGUCCUUUCUUUCCCUUUUAUACUUCCCUGAGUUUUCUGAGCUGUUUUCCUCUCAGACCCAAUGCUGCCUCCAGAGAAAAGGGAGUAGUUCUGUUGACCUGCAGGAAUCCUUUCUGGGGUGUGGUUUUAGGCAAUGUGACCUGGGGCUGUAAAGGAGCCGUUUCUGCUAAGGAGGUUGUAGGCUUCUAGAUCACAUAGAUCACAGAUCACAGCCCUGUAUGUGACCCUGCAUAGUGACAGCCUGCACACUAGGACAGGUGGGAACAUUUUCCAGAAUUAGAACUGAAACACAUGUUCUUCCCACUGCACAUGCGGUAAAUGUCACAGAUGGGGCCCGUCUGAUCCUGUCCCCAUAAGUUUCUUCCUUUUUUUUUUUUUUUGAGACAGGGUUUCUCUGUGGCUUUAGAGACUGUCCUGGAACUAGCUCUUGUAGACCAGGCUUGCCUUGAACUCACAGAGAUCCGCCUGCCUCUGCCUCCCAAGUGCUGGGAUUAAAGGCAUGCGCCACCAUGGCCCAGCUAAGUUUCUCCCUUUUAAUGCAACUCUUUCCCAUGGUCUCUGUACUGAGCUAUGGGUUCAUGGCUCCUGCAUGGCCUGCAUGAUCUCAGGUCCCUAAGGACGAGGCCACCCAUGACUUUGGAGCUAUGUAACUGUUGCUCAAUCCAGCUUUGUAAGCAUAGACUUAGGUUUCUCCUUAAUAUCCCUUUACUAAGAAGUUUUGAAAAAGCACGAGGCAAGUAGCCCUUUGGAAACUGAGAAAGUCUAAGCCUAGAGCUAAAAACAUGUCUUUCUUCUCCUGCUUGCCACACCUAUUAUACCAGCCUUGGCUUGAGUAAGAGUUGGUUGGUUUCUUUCUUGUUCCCAAGCGACAUCAGUGUCCACCCCUGAGGUGUCUCAACCCUCAUUGUGGAUUGUGAGAGUCACUUCCUUGGAGACUUUCUAGGGCCAGGCAUCAGAGCCAGAGGCUUCAACCCUGCCCUGGAGACAGAAGGGGACAGAGUUCCAAUUCUGCAGACUCAGCUGCUCCAGGGUCCCUCUUUUUCUCCACACCACGGCUGCUUAGCAGGUUCUAGAAAGCUCUGGCUCUGGGGGCUGGAGAGAUGGUUCAGUGGUUAAGAGCUCUUCCAAUUCCCAGCAACCACAUGGUGGCUCACAGUCACCUAUAAUGGGAUCUGGUGCCCUCUUGUGGCCUGCAGGUGUACAUGCAGAUGGAACACAAUAUACAUAAAAUAAACAGAAAGCUGGCCACUUGCGUGCCCUCUCCUUGGAGAGUUUAAGUUUAUAUUCAGUAGGCUAGUGAGUUGCCUGUUGACAGGGAACAGAAUCUGAUCCUGGCCAAAUAUACCUCAGAGUCAGGAAGUCCAGAUGGUGGUCCCAGGAGUGUCUGCCACUCCAUCACGAGGCUGAGGAGAGGCAAAGGUAGAGCGGGUGGGAACUGGGGGAGGAGCCUAGUGACUCUUGCCUCCCCGGCCUCUGGUGUCUGAUAGCACAGUCUCACGCCCUGUUCUGUUCACCUUCUCUGUUGUAAACCAGAGUCAUGCAGAGCCAGCAAACACAGGUCACCAGGUCCCCACCCCCUCACCACCACACCAAAGCACCCAGGGCUCUGGCUUCAUAGGCCAGGGCCGGAGGAUGGCAUCCUGCUGACUGAAUCGAAUGGGUGUGAGUGUGUUUGAGGUUCGGAAGUUAAUUUGGUUGAUCACAAACAAGUGUAAGAAGUGGAUUAACAGAAACUGCCUGCGACCCAGAAAUAGCUGCGGUAUCCCCUGUACUGAGCCUGUUUCCUCCUCACCUGGAAGAUUAGAUGUAAAUGGUUUCAUGACUCUGCAAUGACCUCAUAAGAAAACCUAAAAAUGUCCCUGUGUCCGGGCCCUGUCCUACCUACAAAGCAGGGGAUCAUGGGCCUGGGACCAAGACCCUGGUUGGAGCAGCCUCAUCCUGUGCAUGGACUGUUCUUGGUCCCAUGGGACACAGUUCAGCUGUAGUGGGAUCUGGAAACCCCUGAGGCUCCUCCAGACUUGGAGGGGGGCAGGCUGGAGCUGGGCUAUGGUGUCUUCCAGUUGCCCUGCUGUCCUCCUAGGCCUCCCAACCUGCUGCAGAGCACGCUGCUAAGAAGCAAGGGGCUCGCUGUGUUUGGGGGUCUUGGGGAAAAGGAAAGCCUGAGCUGUGGGUCUGAAUGUUGUGUGUAAAAGCAGACUUGAAGGUGGGGGUGGGGGUCCUGUCAGGCAGGCUGUGUCUGCUUCCCUUGACCUUCUCUGUCAAUCGGAGUGCACUGAAACAGGGGUCCCAUCCUCUGGAAUCUGAGGGUAAGGUUCAAGGAAAAUUGCUGCUUCUCUGUCUUUAAUAUUAAAGGUCUGGUUUCUAUGGUUCUAUAGCCCAAGCAAGGUCUAGAUCUGAAGACUGCAGGAGGGGAAUCGUGGGAGGUCUUGUUCUUGAUCCUGGGGGAGUGAUGAGAAGCUGAGGGGUAGAGGGAAAAUCUUCCUGGCUCCGUUGGCUGCCCUCUGGCACCAAUAUGGCUCCUUCAGGGAGUAUAGGAUCUCCUGAGCCCGGCACUUGCCCUCUUUUUUGGGGGGAGGGGGUGUUUCGAGACAGGGUUUCUCUGUGUAACAGCCCUGGCUGUCCUGGAACUCACUCUGAAGACCGGGCUUGGCCUUGAAAACUCUGAUAUCUGCCUGGCCGAGUGCUGGGAUUAAAGGUGUGUGCUGCAACCAUUGGGCUUACUUGUUCCUUUUGAACUCUUCAUGACUGUGGAUUUUGGUAUACGGAGUAUAAAACUGAACACUCAGAUGCUGCAGCCCAUCCAUCUCAAUGUGUCCGAGUUCUUUUAGACCUUCAUGACCUGGCUGAGUAUACAUGUGCCUAUGUCCAUGCAUGUGUUUGAUGUAGUUUGUAGUUUCCAGCGUUGUAUAUAUAAUAACCUACUUAUUUAUAUGUAAGUACAGAAUUGGCACCUGUGACAGUUUCCUGUAUUUUAAACUUGUUGAAUCAAAUUAGUUUUCCUUCCCAGGAGGUGUCAGAAGGACUAUUCCAAAGUCAUUCUUUAGGAAUAUUAGUUGUGGUUUCCCAAUGAGCCUUCAGGAUGCCCUUUUCAAAUAAAUGUUAAUGUUGUCACCA